AUGGCGAAGAAGAAUUGGACCAAUGUUGCUGAGUUCAUCCUUGUGGGGUUUGUGGAGCAAACAGAGAUGGAGAUUCCUUUCUUUAUUUUGUUCUUAGUGAUCUAUCUUAUAACUCUAGUUGGGAAUCUUGGAAUGAUUGUGUUAAUUAGGAUUGACUCCCAACUCCACACCCCGAUGUACUUUUUUCUCAGCCAUCUGUCAUUGGUUGAUGCCUGCUAUUCCUCUGUGAUCACCCCCAAGAUGCUGAUGGAUUUCCUAACGAAGCAUAAAGCAAUUUGCUUCAUGGAGUGUGCCAUUCAGUUUUGUUUCUAUGGAGGGCUGGCAGGGACAGAGUGUCUCCUCCUGGCUGUGAUGGCUUAUGACCGCUAUGUGGCCAUCUGCAAUCCACUGCUUUAUCCAAUAGCCAUGUCCAGGAGGAAGUGUGCUGUGUUAGUCACCAUCUCAUAUGGCACUGCCUUUUUUAAUUCAGUUGUGCAAACAAUUUCAACUUUCCAGUUACCCUUUUGUGGCUCCACUGCUAUCAACAAUUUCUUCUGUGACAUUGUGCCCCUCUUGAAGCUCUCCUGUGUCUCCACCAGAGCAAAUGAGAUUCUGAUCUUAGCUUCUACCUGUAUCAUUGGGAUGUCCUCUUGUUUCACUAUUCUUCUCUCUUACUUCUACAUCCUCUCUGCCAUCCUUAAGAUCCAUUCCUUAGAGGGAAAGCGCAAAGCCUUCUCCACCUGCACCUCACACCUGACAGCCAUCAUCAUCUUUUAUGGGACCCUUCUCUUCAUCUACUUCAGACCUAGAGCCAGCCACUUGCAGGACAAAGAUAAGGUGAUCUCGGUAUUCUACACAGUGGUGAUUCCCAUGAUGAACCCCCUAAUUUACAGUCUCAGGAACAAGGAAGUGAAGGAUGCUCUGAGGAAGGCUGGACAAAAGAGUGCCAGUCUUUUAAGAUGGGGAUGUUUCUGUGAUUCAAGUGCUCAAAGAGAAAAGCAUCCUCAAAGAUAUAUUGACUGA